AGUCGUCUUCCCUCACGGAAGUCGGCUUUUUUGACUCAUAGGAGUGAGGCACUCUGGGGAUGUGGGAGUAAGAUGGCGGGGAAGAAGAAUGUUCUGUCGUCUCUGGCCGUUUACGCGGAAGAUUCAGAGCCCGAGUCCGACGGCGAGGCUGGGGUCGAAGCGGCGGGCGGCGCGCCUGAGGAGAAAGGUGGAUUAGUAUCUGAAGCCUAUGGAGAGGAUGACUUUUCUCGGCUUGGUGGUGAUGAAGAUGGUUAUGAAGAAGAAGAGGAUGAGAACAGCAAACAGUCGGAAGAUGACGAUUCAGAGACUGAAAAACCUGAGGCUGAUGACCCAAAGGAUAACCCAGAAGUAGAAAAGCGAGAUCCUCAGGAAUUAGUUGCCUCCUUUUCUGAAAGAGUCCGGAACAUGUCACCCGAUGAAAUCAAGAUCCCGCCCGAGCCCCCUGGCAGGUGUUCGAACCACUUACAAGACAAGAUCCAGAAGCUUUAUGAGCGGAAGGUAAAGGAAGGAAUGGAUAUGAACUACAUUAUCCAAAGGAAAAAAGAAUUUCGGAACCCCAGUAUCUACGAGAAGCUGAUCCAGUUCUGUGCAAUCGAUGAGCUGGGCACCAACUACCCGAAGGAUAUGUUUGACCCCCACGGCUGGUCUGAGGACUCCUACUAUGAGGCAUUAGCUAAAGCCCAGAAGAUUGAAAUGGACAAAUUGGAAAAGGCCAAAAAGGAACGAACCAAAAUCGAGUUUGUGACAGGCACCAAGAAAGGUACCACGACCAACGCCACAGCCACUACCACCACCACGGCCAGCACAGCGGUGGCAGAUGCCCAGAAGAGGAAGAGCAAGUGGGACUCGGCCAUCCCAGUGACGACGAUAGCCCAGCCCACCAUCCUCACCACCACGGCCACCCUGCCCGCUGUCGUCACAGUGACCACCAGUGCCAGUGGCUCCAAGACCACGGUCAUCUCUGCCGUGGGCACCAUCGUGAAAAAGGCCAAGCAGUGACGUGAGGGCCCAGCUUGGGGUGGCUUGGACGUUCUCUGAGGGGAGCUGCCUCUGCAGGACCUGAGGAGACUGUGCAACCCGGCGACCGACGUCGGUGCCGAGGUGCCGCCUUGUUGACUUCAGGACUGGGAUCUGCUCCCAGAUUCCACCCCACGAGAACCCUCUGUGUGGCAGCCCAGACAGGAAGGGGCCAUUGCCACAGAGGAGGCAGCUGCCGUGGACAGUGUCCACAGAGGAGUCCGGUGCCCUCUCAGAAGCGCCAUAUUCUCACAUCUCGGGCCUCUUGGCUGCACGGGCCUCUUCCGUGCUCUGUUCUGAGGCAGAAGUGGAAGUUCUGAGUGCCCUCUCCAGCUCCUCUUGUUGGGGUGACUACCUCAAGGUUGGUAGUAGAGCAGCCGAAGCCCGUGGCACUAGUCCGUGGGGGUGGCCCAGGAAGUUGCCGUGGUCGUUCCCAGCAUCUGCCUCUCGGCGCGGGCAGGCGGGAGUCCAGACAGUCGGGGCGGAGGGGGUGCUGUUCCCGCUCUGCGCUGCCCUGACCCUGAAACCCGGCCAGUUCUCCGACAAGAGCCGAGGCCUCGGGGGUAUUGAGCCCUCCCCGACCACUUUUUAGACACACCCCAGCUUUUGAAGUCAAGCCAGUUACCAGAAGGCCUGAGUUGGAUCCCCAGCCCAUGCAGGGAGCCCGGGAGGCCUGAGCGCCUGGCCAGGGCUGCCCCGGUGCCUCAGUGCCCAGCGAGCGCGGCCAGCAGGCUCCCCGCGGUGUGCAGCAUGAAUCACCUCCUGCCCCGGCCGGCGGCAGCUCAUUGUUUACCUGGAAGCCAGGCUCUUGGCAGGCUCCUGCCACCCCACCUUUCCUGUGCCUGUUAUCUCUGCCCCACAGCAGUGCCUGGGCAGCGCCUGCGGCCGCCAGGUCCCCCUUAAAGCCAAAACCGAAUUUCCCAGCCGCUGUUGGCCCAAGAGUCCGGAGGGAAUUCACUCGCCUUCCUUGCUCCUUGGCCACUCUCCAGGCCCGCGGAAGGGCUCCGUGUCAGAGAGGGAAGCCGGGCUGUGAAGAGCCGUGUUGCUUCGGUGGCACGGGCGGAGGGUUAGGAAGGAGGUGCUACGAUGACAUCUGGUAACUGCUUCGUCACCAGAGAAGUAGGAUGAUCCUGCCCCUGUCCCCAAAAUCACUGUUGACCCACGGGCAUCCCUUCCCCCCUCGCCCCCCUCCACACACAGGCGCUGAGAGGGGUCAGUGGUCACCCUCCCCUCUUUUGAUGGGACUUAGCAACCCUGGAGAGGAGCUGCGACUUCCAGCGGAGGCCCCUCCAUAGUGCAAGGGCACCGGGGCUUGUGUGGGAGGCCGUGCGGUGCCGUGGGAGUGGCCGGCAUACACCUGGCACCUCUGCUCUGGAUCCUGGCUUAGACAAGUUGUGUUUUAGUUGUGUGUCCUGGGCCCUUAUCUCUGUGAGGCUUCCCUAUCGGAUCCCCGGAAUAAAGCUUCCUAAGGCAAC